AUGCCCAAGGCACGUAAGCACAAGCGGAAGACUCCCAUCACCACCGUGGAGGCGUCCGCGAGACCCGGCACGAGGGGAUCCAGCAAUCCAAUCGCGACGCGCGCUCUCAUUAGGCGCUUCCACGUCCUCAUCAAGCGGCGAGCGCAACUGGAGAAGGCAAUUGAGGCGGGAGACGGGCUAGAAAAUGCACGGAAGGGGUUGGCCGAUGUUGACGAUGAGAUUGAGGAAGUAGGUGGGCUUAGUGCCUACCAGAGGAUGUCUACUAUUGGGCAAGGUAGCGAUCGAGGGGGCGGCAGCGAGAAGGUUUUGAUCGAGUGGUUGAAAGAACUGGGAUUGGCCAGCGCAAGCCUGAAAAAGCAUACAACGUUGAGGCUACUCGAGGUUGGCGCCCUCAAACCCGACAACUACGCAUCCUGUACUGCGUGGAUCCAGAACACGCCGAUAGAUCUCCGGUCUAACCACCCAGCUAUUGUGGAGCAGGAUUUCCUGCUUAUGAGCGAAGCAGAGCACCGCGAGAAGUGGGACAUCAUCAGCCUCAGCCUCGUCCUGAAUUUCGUCCCGGAUGCGAAAGAUCGAGGCAGGAUGUUGCGACUAGCUCACACGAUGCUGCGUCCGGAUGGCCUCCUGUUCAUCGCCCUGCCGCUUCCAUGCAUCCUCAACUCGCGCUACCUCACGCCGGAGCACUUUGCGGGCCUCCUGCAAAUCAUUGGGCUCUCUAUGAUAAAGUCACGGUGGAAAGAGGGCGGCAAAAUGGCGUAUUGGCUCCUGCGCAAGACGCCCGGCAAGUCACACACGACCGAUCCAGCAGCAUAUGAGAGCAAGAAAGUUUUACGGCCGGGGAAAAGGAACAACUUUGUUAUUCUGUUGUGA